AUGACAAUCCGACACCAAGGUCAGCAGUACAGGCCGAGGAUGGCAUUUCUGCGGAAGAUUGAAGCCCUCGUCAAGGACAUGCAGGACCCAGAGAUGGGGGUCAGAAUGCAGAACCAGAAGGUCACGGUCAUCAGCGUCCCUCACGCCAUGACGGGGAGUGACGUUCUCCAGUGGAUCGCCCAGCGGCUGUGGGUCUCCAGUCUGGAGGCACAGAACUUGGGCAACUUAAUUGUCAAGUACGGCUACAUUUACCCCCUGCAAGACCCCAAGAACCUCGUUCUCAAGGCUGACAGCAGCCUCUAUCGAUUUCAGACACCGUAUUUCUGGCCCACCCAGCAGUGGCCGGCUGAAGACACAGACUAUGCCAUCUACCUGGCCAAGAGAAAUAUCAAGAAGAAAGGGAUUUUAGAAGAAUAUGAAAAGGAAAAUUAUAAUUUCUUGAACAAAAAAAUUAACUACAAGUGGGACUUUGUCAUCAUGCAGGCCAAAGAGCAGUACCGGGCUGGAAAGGAAAGGAAUAAAGCGGACAGGUACGCACUGGAUUGCCAGGAGAAGGCGUAUUGGCUGGUCCACCGAUGCCCCCCGGGAAUGAAUGAUGUGCUGGACUAUGGCCUGGACCGAGUGACCGAUCCAAGUGACGCUGAGAAACAAACAGUGGUUUCUGUCAGAAAAGAGAUCAUGUAUUACCGACAAGCCUUAAUGAGGUCCACGGUGAAGUCUUCUGUGUCCCUUGGCGGGAUCGUCAAGUACAGUGAGCAGUUCUCGUCCAACGACGCCAUCAUGUCGGGCUGCCUUCCUAGCAAUCCUUGGGUAACAGAUGACACCCAGUUCUGGGAUUUAAAUGCCAAACUGGUGGAAAUCCCAACCAAGAUGCGGGUGGAACGAUGGGCCUUCAACUUCAGCGAGCUGAUCCGAGACCCCAAGGGUCGACAGAGCUUCCAGUACUUUCUCAAGAAAGAAUUCAGUGGGGAGAAUCUGGGAUUCUGGGAAGCCUGUGAGGAUCUGAAGUACGGAGAUCAGUCCAAGGUCAAGGAGAAAGCGGAGGAGAUUUACAAGCUGUUCCUGGCCCCAGGGGCGAGGCGGUGGAUAAACAUAGACGGCAAAACCAUGGACAUCACAGUCAAGGGGCUGAAGCAUCCCCACCGCUACGUGCUGGACGCCGCGCAGACCCACAUCUACAUGCUCAUGAAGAAGGACUCUUAUGCCCGCUACUUAAAAUCCCCAGUCUAUAAGGAAAUGCUGGCCAAAGCAGUUGAACCUCAGGGAACCACCAAGAGAAGCUCGAACCUCCCGUUCAUGCGGCGUACCCUGCGCUCCAGCCCAAGCCCCGUCGUCCUCAGGCAGCUGGAAGAAGAAGCCAAGGCUCGGGAAGCGGCCAACACGGUGGACAUCACGCAGGUCAUGAGCAGGCUGGACCGCAGGAGCCAACUCAGAAAAGAGCUGCCUCCCAAAUAAAUCCACAGUUACUUAUUUAUUCCUGGGGGUGGGGGAGAGUCUAGAGGGUUCUGCUCCCCAUUCAUGGGGCGGUGGGCCAGUCGGGUUCACCCCCAAUUCCUCGGACCCCUGUCUUGGGCUUCC